AUGUCGGCAGCAGACUCGACUGAGUCGUACGAAUGGAAGGACGAAGGUAUUCCCAGCGGCUAUACUCACGAACCAGAAGGGCACUUUAUUGCAAGAGUGCAUGAGCCGGAUCCCACACCCGAGGAGGAGGAAUUCGCGUUUGUUGUGCAACCCCCAAAGAAGGUUAAGAGAGGCGAACCCUUCCCAUGGCCCGUGGUGGUCAAGGUCAUGGUAAAGCACGGCCGUGGUCCCUUGCACAAAGGCCUGCAACUCAAAUUGCUGGUGGAGAAAAUCGUUGCCAAAGGCCGUGAAAUUCUAGUUGAGGGUGCCGAUGUUGAGAAUGACAUUUUCGUCAACAUCGAUUAUGCUGCAAGCCCUAUGAGUUUUCCUAUGACGGAGGGGAAGGUCAAGGAGGGAAACACGCAAUACACAGUCUUCUCCAUGAGUCAAGGGAUCAACCUGAAGCGGAACAAGUUCAAGCUAUGCGUUUUCUUGGCGAACUUGGGGUUCACGGGCGAUCCGGACCGGAAUUCAAAGUCUAUAUGGGCGUUAUCGCACGAGUUUGAACUUGUCGGAGAGAAUAUCGAUCUACCACCCCAGGCGCCAACCGCGAAUGAGAUCAGGUUUAUAAAGAACUUGCAAAGUUUUGAAAACUUCAUUCACCUGCUGCCCAGGCCGUCAUCAACGAAGGGGGGGCUUCUCCCAUGGCAGCCACACCCAGUACUCCAGUUCCCACUGCGCACUGACUGGUAUGUCCCCAAAAAGUGCGAGAACGGGUAUGUCAACUUUGGGGCGAUCAUUGUACAAGUGAGAAACGUACCGGCGAAUGUGGUUCCCGAUCCCGUCGUCACCCUAAGUCUCCUCGUGGGACAGCCUGCCAAGAAGCGCGGGGAAAGCGACAGUCCGGAGCCCAACAUGUUCGACGACGAAGUCAAGUACGAGCCGCAGCGCCUGACAGGUACCGUCGUCGAAGAUGAAGACCAGGCACCUUACCGUUACGCAAUUUUCAGACGCCUGAAGCUCCCCGUGUCUUUGAUGGAAGGCGCCAAAAGGGGUGGAGGCUGCAGGUUCCGCGCAAGCUUCCACAGAUAUGACGAUGGGCCUGUUGUGACUUGGAUCGAUACGCCUGUCCUCUAUCGGCCAGACAAAGAUGAUGGAUACAAGAACCCUCUCAGCAAGUUGCUUCCUCCACACCCACCCCCCUUCCGGUCUCCCCACAAGGAGCAGGCUCUUGUGAAGAUAUUGAGCGACGACAAGGCAUUCGACUGGAAGUUGAAGUACGACGACUUUCGCGGCCCCAUCCUCAAUUUCGCGAAAUGGGAGAUUCAACUCCGCGGGCCGACGAACAGAGAUAGCGAGGGCCAGACUGAAGCCGCAGGUGGCCAUGAGACCACCAAGGUCGAACUUGACUGGACGUCACAGAGUGAGAGCAGCUUUGCAUUUUAUGCCAACGAAUCUGACAAGGACGAAUCUGACGUUGGAUCGGGAUACUCAACCGAAAUACCCGAGGGGUCGCUACGCCAGUGA